AUGGAGACAUUCGAUGACCGAGCGGAGUAUCCCGUCGAGGCCCUCCUCGCCAAAGCAAAGAUCGGGCGUCGCGUCUACUACAAGGUCAAGUGGGAAGGCUACGACACCAGCCAGAGCAGUUGGGUGAAGAUGAAAGACAUCGGAGACGAGGCGAUCGAAGCAUUCAAAAUGGGUGGAAAACGUGGUGUGUUCACCUUCGAUAAGAUCAUCGCAGCGGCGGAAGGGGCAGCAAAGAACGCUUCGUAUCUGAUACAACUUAGACUUGGGGAUCAAACCGACACUGCGGAGGUGGAUGCAUCGGACCUAAGCGCUGCAGAGAUUGCGAGAUUUCGGCUACAUGGCGCUUCGGAAGAAUUAUAA